UUCAGUUCAUAAAAACCCAGCCUAGAAAGCCCAUUCAGAAAGGACCCGUUUACUGAAGCCCCGUGAGGGAAUCGUUCAAUUCAAUACUCAACUACAGAGAGAGAGAGAGAGAGAGAGAGAGAGCUAUGGCGGAAGAUUUGGUAUUGGACACGGCGAUCAGAGAUUGGGUACUGAUCCCACUGUCUGUGGUCAUGGUCCUCAUAGGAGUCCUUCGCUACUUCGUUUCCAAGCUCAUGCGUUCUUCUCCCUCCCCCGAUCCCAAAAUCAUCAAAGAAGGGCAGGUCGUUGUUAGGGCUAGAAAUCUACGGGCAGCCGCCAACUUCAUUCCUGCUAAGUCCUUCCGAGCUCGGAAAGUUUACUUCAGCAACGAGGAAAAUGGGUUACUUUUUGUUCCCAAGGGCCAGGCUCAAAAUCCACAAGCACAAAUGUUUUCUGAUCCAAACAUGGCAAUGGAUAUGAUGAAGAAAAAUCUUUCAAUGAUCAUACCCCAGACUCUUACUUUUGCCUGGGUGAACUUUUUCUUCUCUGGGUUUGUGGCAGCCAAGAUACCUUUUCCACUGACUCAAAGGUUCAGAUCGAUGUUGCAAAAUGGUAUAGAUUUGAGCACCGUUGAUGUUAGUUAUGUCAGCAGUCGCUCAUGGUAUUUUCUCAACCUCUUCGGAUUAAGGGGUUUAUUUAGUCUGAUUUUGGGAGAAGAAAAUGCCAUGGAUGAUACGCAAAAAAUGAUGCAAAUGGGUGGUUUUGGCUUUGAUCCUUCCAAGAGUUUGGGCGCUGAGAAAGACAGUCUUGACAUAGUUCAGCAUGACUGGGCCCUACCGAAAUUCGAGCAGCGAGCUGAAGCAGUGUUGAGAAAGCUCGUAUCUGAUCACUGAACACGUAAUUUCCUGUUCUGUGACCAGCAAUGAAGUUGGUGACAAUUUCAACUCUACCAUACCAUGUAAUACUGAUGAAACGACAUUUAGAUCUGCCUUUUCUGGCAUUCUAUCUUGAUUCUAUUCUGAUGAAGAACUUAACGUUUCCAGCUUUUUAUGGUUGUAAUAACUUUCACAUAUGGCUUAGGGCUCCAUUUUUUGGACUUAAAGGAUGCCUGAUUAAUAGUUCCCACAUUAGGAGUUUGUUUUCA